AUGAGUUUGAUGAACUUACAGCAGUCGCAAUUUCAAACACUGCAAUGCGGUACGACAACCUUUAGUAAGUUAACCUUUGACGUACCUAACCGCUCAAUUUUUCUACCCACUGGUCGACUAGUAUAUGUGCCCUUGGAGAAAAUUGUUGGUGGUGAAAUCUGUCGGCUAGCUGCUACCACCAAACCACAUUCUACUUAUUCUUUCACCAGUUAUCAACAAAUCAUUACGCAGUGUAACAAUUGUACAGAAUGUCCAUCAGGUCUUAACAGUAUUUAUGCAUAUUUACAAAGAAUAUUAAAAGAUAUCAAAGUAUCGCUGAUCGUAAUCAUUCGCGGUGCCAUUCAUCAAUUAGUAAAAGAUAAUGAAAGUGAUAAAAAAAUUCGCUUUGCAUUCAUUGAUGAAGAAGUCCCAAUAACAUUAGAAGAUUGUCAAAUUGUCGAGAGUACAGAUAAUGAUACGUUGCGCAGCUUCUCAAAAACUUCUGUACUAUUCGUUUCAAUUUCUUUCAUUAUUCUAAUGGUUAUUUCGCUUGCAUGGCUUGUCUUCUAUUAUGUGCAACGGCAAUUUUUAUCGCAUAAAAACAAGCCAUUCUAUUAUUUAGUACUGAAAACAUUUACGGCAUAUUUCACAUUUCGAUAUGCAUACGCUAAAGAUCGUCUUCAACGACGAUUAUUUAACGCAGCGAAAAAAGCGUUGACACGUAUUCCAACGAAAUCAAUUGGAAUCGGGGAUGAGAUACUUGAUACGGAUUGUCCUGUUUGCAUUGAUCCAUAUCGAACGGGUGAUAUUGUACGUUCACUUCCGUGUAGACAUAUAUUUCAUAAAACAUGUGUCGAUCCAUGGCUUUUGGAGCACAGAACCUGUCCUAUGUGUAAAAGUGAUAUUUUAAAGGCUUUUGGCUAUCACAUUUCAGCAAAUCGACGUGCAGCAAACAAUGCAGACGGAGAAAGUGUGCAGCAAAUAUCAAGAGAUGGUCAUAGGUUGAGUGUCGAUGUACAUUCUUUAGCUGAAUCUGAAUCUGCAUUUCCAUAUACAGAACAUUCCGAGACACAAGAUCCUUUUACUUUUACGCCUAUAACACAACCGCAGGUAGUUCAGGUAAUGCACUGCUCAAAUGCAAAUGCAUUUUCUAUCAUCCCAUUAACCGUACACAACAUGCCCGCACCAGCUGCUUCUAACGAGGAAUCUCGAAAUGAAAACAUGAGUACCGAACAGGCCAGUGUUUUCCCUCGUCGAAUCUCAUGGCAGCUUCGCAGGCCAUCUACUGCUGCUCAUAUUAUCAACCUAAUUCACGUCCGUUCAUGUUCAUUUUCUCACACUACACCGCCAUCAUCUGAGCUGCAAAAAUCUCAGAGAGUGACAUCACGUUCGAGUACAUUUGUAUCCAGUCCAACACAAGAAGUAUCAAAUAAGAAAGUAGGAGUACUUAAUGAUAACUUUCAACCAUCACCUUCCUCGCUGGUACCAAGUGAACUUAUUUUUGCUUCAUUACCAGGUCAAACAUGUUCGUCUUCUUUUCAAGACGAAACUAAAACAGGUCAAUCACCAACAUCGCAUACGAAUGUAUAGUU